CAAAAGUUGCUGGCUUUAAUUUCAAUACUCGGCAGAGCCCAGCCAGCAACAGAGCAGAUGAAACAGGAGGAGUUCCUCUGGGCAUUCUCUUAGAAAGCCAUACUGCAGUUCCAGCACCCGGAACCGCCGUAAUUGGCACGUCUGCUCCAGUAAAAACCCUAACAACUACACCGCCUCUAUCGGGUAGCCUCGUGCCGAAUUUUUUCGAUUGUGUUGGCCACGGUUGGAAGCGACACGUGAUGGUUGAAAAACUGUCGGUAUUAGUCCAGACUUUCGAUUCGAUUACGCGUCAUUACCAUUGCGUUCUGCAGAAGACCUUUGCCGUUGCCCGUUUGGGAAUCUUCCUCGAAGAUGACUUAGGCAUCGCGAAAGAUAUAUUCCACUACUUUCGUGGAAUUGAGACCUUGAUCGAGAAGUACGAAGAAACCGCUGUCUGGUGUGCUUCAGGUUGGAAUGACAACGGAAUGAAGAAAAACGUGCACGAUCCGAGACGCCUAUUCCGCACGGACUUCUUUCCGGGACUCGGUACUUUGUGAAGAACAAGAAUUUUGGAGUUGGACGAGAGGCAUCCAUGAUAUUCAUGUUCAGUUUUUGACUUUGGAUCCUCUAAUUCUCUCGCUGCAACCUCCAUGUUGAAAGACAAGUCCAAUGCACUAAGAGGGCUCUAGUACAGUAUCAAUACCGACGAAUUAAUUAUUCAAAUUGAUUCUCAUAUCCCGACUGCUCGGUGAAAUUUUUCUUCAGGUUGGAUGACAAGUCGUCGCAUAGCAGAG